AACAGGACAUUCCCAGAGAACGUCUACUUCCAGGAGGGAGCUCAGCCCAGCCUCAAGGAGUCCCUGGGCCGCGUGCUGGCCAGCUACGGCCACCACAACGACACCGUCGGAUACUGCCAGGGCAUGAACUUCCUGGCCGGCUACCUCCUCAUUGUGACGAGAUCCGAGGAGAAGUCGUUCUGGCUCAUGGAUGCCCUCAUCGGCAGAAUCCUGCCUGACUACUACACCAGGGACAUGCUGGGAGUGCGUGUGGACCAGGAGGUGCUGGGGGAGCUGCUCGCCACCAAGCUGCCCCACGUGGCCGCCCACGUGGCCAGCCACGGCGUGCCCUGGCCGCUUCUCACGGCGCGCUGGUUCCUGUGUCUCUACGUUGAUGUGCUUCCUGUAGAGACGGUGCUGCGUGUGUGGGACUCGCUCUUCUACGAGGGCUCCAAGGUUCUGUUCCGCGUGGCCGUGACGCUCGUGCGACACCACCAGGCCCAGGUGCUGGCGGCCGCCGGAUUCCCGGCCAUCGUGGCGGCCUUCCGCGCCAUGGCGGUGGGGAGCUUCGCCCGCGACUGCCACACGUUCAUGCAGAGGACGUUUGUGGACCCAGGCAGCUUGCCCAUGGCCACCAUCACAGCACAACGGGACUCCAUUAGAGCAAGGCUCCUGCAGGAGGCGGGUGGACAAGAGGGUGGACGUGGUGGACGUGCUGGUGGUGGACGUGGUGGUGGUGGUGGACAUGUGGGUGGACAUGGUGGUGGUGGUGGCGGUGGUGGCGGUGAUGGUGAUGGCGGUGAUGGCGGUGGUGGCGGUGAUGAUGGUGGUGGUGGCGGUGGUGGUGGUGGUGGCGGUGAUGGUGGUGGCGGUGGUGGUGGCGGUGAUGGCGGUGGCGGUGGUGGCGGUGAUGGCGGUGGUGGUGGUGGCAAUGGUGGUGGUGAUGGCGGUGGUGGCGGUGGUUGCGAUUAGGCGGUGUAGUGGUUAGCGCUACGCUGCUCUAAACGAACCCAGCGACCUGGGUUCGAUUCCCGCUCACGGCCAACACCACCGGUGACGAUUACCUGAACCGGUCCUGGGACACCCCUAGGUCGACUCAGCCUCAAAUGAGUAACCUGGUACGAUUUGUAAAUAACCAUCGCCACCGGGGAGACAAAGGCGGCCGGGCGUGGUGCUGGCCACCCACCCCCCCUCGUGUUAAGGCUACACGGGGGAUCUUUGUCUUUGGUGGCGGUGGUGGGGGUAUUGGUCGUGGUGAUGGUGGAGGAGGUGGUGGUGGUGUUAGUGGCGGCAGUGGUGGUGAUGGUGGUGGAGGUGGUAGUGGCGAUGGGUGGUAGUGGUGGUGGAGACGGUGGUAGUGGUAGUGGCGGUGGUGGCGAUGGUGGUGGUAGCAGCGGUGGUGGUGGUGAUGGUGGUAGUGGUGGUGGAGACGGUGGUAGUGGUGGUAGCUGCGGUGGUGGUGGUAGUGGUGGUGGCGGUGGUAGUGGUGGUGGUGGUGGUGGUAGUGGUGGUGGUGGUGGUGGUAGUGGUAGUGGUGGUAGUGGUGGUGGUAGUGGUGGUGGUAGUGGCGAUGGUGGUGGUGGUGGUGGCGAUGGUGGUAGUGGCGAUGGUUUAGCUGUAGACCGCUAUCGAUGUUAAUCGGUGUGCUUUGACCAUACUUCACCAUCUUGGUCAUCAGUGUGGGGGUUGGUGACGUCGGGGUGGGGCGGUGUGUGGGUGGUGGUGCGCUCACUGGUGGAUCAUUGGGCUUUUUAGUAAAAAUCUUGAUUUGCAGCCUUUCGUGACCUCAUGAAUCCGUAUUCUUUGGUUCUUUCGGUAAAGUCACGUGGGUCGAACAAAAAUAAUCGAUCGCGACGUGUCGAUCUCAACGCGAGCGACCGUCAUCAGUUUGCCGGCUGCAGCAGUUUCCCCGCUGUGAUUGUCUCGCCUGAUGACGAUUGCUCGUGUUGCAAUCGAAACGUCGCGAUCGAUUAUUGUUUUCGACCUACGUGUGACUUUACCCAAAGAACCAAAGGGCAUUGAUUCGUAAUAAAUCGUCAUUUUGCGACCCCCACUGCCUCAUAUUAUUACGUGCCAGGGACUCUACGAGAUGCUCGGACAAUAGUCCGAGCCCACAAUUGGCGAUAAGUAACGGCAAAGCAGUUAUAAGCGACUCACAGAAUUGUGCGCAGUUGCGUAUACAGUCCACACAACAAAGGUCGCAACCGGGUACCCGAUACCCGUACCCUAUCCGAUACCCGGCUACCCGUACCCAGCCGGGUACGGGUAGCCGUGAGUCACUGGUGAGUCACCGUUUGUCACUCAUUUCCCAACGUCUUGUCUCUUCUCACAAUUCAAGUUCCUAGAAUCAACCCACCCGCGCCUGCAACGUGGCUUCAUCCCAGAGGUCGCAAUCGGGUAUCCGAUACCCGUACCCUACCCGUACCCGACCGGGUACGGGUAGGGUACGGGUACGGCCGGGUACGGGUAGACCGUGAGUCACUGGUGAGUAGCCGUUUGUCACUUUUUUCGGGUAGGGUACGGGUACCCGUACCAGGCCGGGUACGGGUACCCGUUUGCGACCCUGGUGCGGCCGGGUACGGGUAAGGAAUCAAAACCCGUUUGUGACCUCUGCCACACGACUUCCCUGAAGGCAUCGACACCUUCAGCGAGCGCGAUGCCGAUGAUCACACCACGCGGUUCAAAUAAAAAGCAAGGGACAACCCCCCUACCUGAACAUCCUGGCUCCGCCAUCGGGUGCGUUAACCACUGCGCCACCACUCCUCCCCGUCAAAACCACGUCAAUGGUACUCAUAUUUAUCUUACUAGACUCUAAAUAUAUUUAAAAUACGAAUUUUUAAACGCGUUUAAAUGAUUCUUUUUUUUUAAGUAAACUUAUUUUUUUCUUCCUCCGCUAAGGUUUUGGGCCGCUAUGUACCGCGUAGCCGUCGGAAGAGCGUUGUCGCGAGAUGUGUUUUUUUUGUUUGCGAAGCGAAUGAGCAUCUUCUUGAUUCUUUCGGUAAAGUCGGGUAGAAGGGAAAUAAUAAAAUAAUAAA